AUGGCCAGCUUCACCAAUGCAAACGCUCCCAAGCGGGUGGCAAUCAUCGGGGCAGGAGUGACAGGACUGCUGAUUGCCCAGGGACUACUAAAGAAUGGCUUCCAAGUGACGGUGUACGAGCGAGACCCAAGCCUCGAGUUCCGCGACAACCGCCCGGUGAGCUUCAUGAUCCACUGGGGGUUUGAGACGCUCUCGGAGCUGCUCCCCGCCGAUCUGUGGGCGGACAUCCACACGACCUUCUGCAAUCCUGCCUCGCGCGACGCAAAGGAGGUCGAGGGCAUCAAGUUCUACAAUGGCCACUCGGGGGACCUGCUCUUCCAAGCCCCGCCGAUGGUCAUCAAGCGGGUGACGAGGCAGAAGCUGCGCAAGCACGCGGCCAAGGGCGUCGACAUCCGAUGGAGCGUGACGUUCGACGACCUCAAGGUCCAGGAUGACGGGGUCAAAAUCACCUUCAAAGACGGAUCCGAGACCACGGCCGAUUUUGUUAUCGGCGCGGACGGGCCAAGGUCCAAGGUGAGGCAACUGCUGCUGGGCGAGGAAAAGUCCCAGCUCACCAAGUCGGACUUUGUGUGUGGGUACACGAGCGCCGUGCUCGGGCAGGAGAAGGCGGAGGCCAUCCUCAAGGCGCACCCUGUUUGGGCCAUGGUUUACCACUCCAUGGGCGUGCUCGCCAUAGGAGCCGAGGACGCCGUCAAUCCUGAUGACAUCUCGACAUGGAUCUUCAACAUCACGCGCAUCUGGCGUGGAGAGUCACCGCGCCAGGAAGGCCCUGAUGCUAUCAAGACCAUGAAGGAUAUAACUGAAACGUUCAGUGAACCCUUCAAGUCCAUCGUCCAGGGUUUGCCCGUGGACACACCUGCAUUUGUUCGCUCGCUUUACUACUGGCGGCCGGUCCAGUGGCCCAACUUUGAUGGCAAGAUCACGAUCGCUGGGGAUGCGGCGCACCCGAUGCUUCCAUUCCGCGGCCAAGGGUUGAAUAACGCUCUUGACGAUGCUGUCAAGAUUGUGCGAGCUCUCGUGGAAGUGUCAACUGGCAAAGCAGAGUUGAAGGAAGCAAUUGAUAAAUAUGACGCGGACGUGGUCGAGCGUGGCGCAAGAGCUGUCGAUAUUGCCGUCAAUGAAGGAAAGCUGGUCCAGGACAUGGACAGAUUGACAGAGAUGGUGGUCGCGAAGAAAGGAGUCGGCAAGCCCUGA